AUGGAUGACGACGGAAGAGAGCCCGACAACUUGUCUGACAGACACGUUCAGACUGAAAAGACGUUGGAUCCUGUUGGGAGCCAUGCCAUCCCUCUCCGCGUUCCCGCCGACCGUCUCGACCUCCCCGUCGGCACCGCCUGCCUUCAUCUGAAGCUUCUUGGCGCGCUCCAAACGUCAGACGGCCCCUCCUUUGGCGCCAAGUCCCAGCGUCUACCGGAACCGCACCACUCGACGGUCCGUCCUUGGUGUCCGGCGCGCAACUCGCUCAACUCGACAUUGGCGCUGGUCUUCGCUUUCGCUAUUUGUUUGGGACCCCAUCUCUGCCGACGACGUGCCAAGUCGCCCAGCGUUUUCGUCUCCAUCAUCAUCAAGAGAACUCAAUCUGAAUGCGACGUCACCCAUAAGGUCCAACGACAGUCUUCAGCAGAGUGGGCUUGGCGAAUCCCGAAUGCCGUCUUGGUGGCCAAGGACGUCGUCAUCUCCAUCAUCACCAAGGGUUUCCAGCCAGUUUUUCUGCGACGCAUAAACCACGCAGCUGGUGUCUGGUCAUCGGCGAGCGUGAGCCAAGACGACUUCUCCUCAUAUUUCGUCAGCACCGCCCGUAACAUUCGGCUUGUCAAGUUGUCACUGUCAGUCGGUUCAUCCAACAUCCGCAAGAUCUGCAGUGUCUACGCUGUCGCUGUCACUUGA